AUGGCUACGUCAAAGAGAAUAAAUUUGUUUGUCCAACAACUCAAUGAGCAAACUAGCGAUUCAAUUGGCUUUAUAGAAAACGAUAAAGUCCACCUCAUAGAUAACGCCAUUGAACGUGAUACGCCAUACUGUAUUGGAACCAAAGACUUAGUUAAUCAUGAAUGUUUUGCUUUUUACAAGAACCUCGAAACAUUGAAUAUUGAAAAUAUGGUAUUCGACAUGUUUUUAGGCGAGGAUGGAGAUGUUUCGAGGUUAUCCCUUUCAUUUGACAAAGAAGAGACAGUAAAAGCGGGAAAAGAAAAAGAAAAAGGAAAAGGAAAAGAAUUGAAUAAUAUAGAUGAAACAAAUAAACCUCGGGUUAAGAAACACCCAUUUGUUGUUGCACCACAGCCUAAUAUGAAUCCCGAUUCACUCAAGAAACAACAGCAAAAGGGUCAACAAAAAUCGGGGAACACUAAGCUAGAGGUGGUGAAACAAAAAAAGACUGUUAAAUAUAUUGACGAGGAUGGCAAGGAGGUCACAAAGGAGGUUGAAAUAGAAGUAGAGGUUCCUUUAGAGGAAGAUGUGAUUGUAGACGAAAGGUCGUGGAUUCAAAAGAAUUGGAUGUAUGUUGUCCCGCCACUAUUAUUGUUUUUGGUUAUGGGUGGUGGUGCCGACGAGGCUGCUGCUGGUGGUGGUACCGGUGGCAGAGGUGGGUGA